GACUGGUUUCGUGGGGGCCGCAGGCGCGCAGUCUCGCCCCCCGCCAGAGCGCCCCGGCUCGGCCCGGGAGCGGCUUCUUGUAGACGUUCGAGGAGCCUGCCGAGUGCCGUCCCGGCGCCCGACCGCCCACCGUCCGGCCCAUUGGCCCGCUUCUUCCUGAUGCAGACUGCCGUCCACUAGAGGCUGGACAGACCCCCGAGGUGAUCCAUGGCAGGGGACAUGGAAGGAUUCUGUUCCUCCAUCCAUGACACCAGUGUCUCUGCUGGGUUCAGAGCACUGUAUGAGGAGGGGUUGCUUCUUGAUGUCACUCUGGUUAUUGAAGACCAUCAGUUCCAGGCCCAUAAAGCACUCUUGGCUACCCAGAGUGAUUACUUCAGAAUUAUGUUUACUGCAGACAUGAGGGAGCGAGAUCAGAACAAAAUUCACUUAAAAGGUCUAACUGCUACAGGCUUCAGCCACGUCCUUCAGUUUAUGUACUAUGGAACUAUAGAAUUGAGUAUGAGCACAGUUCACGAGAUUCUUCAGGCUGCCAUGUAUGUUCAACUUAUAGAGGUGGUGAAGUUCUGCUGUUCUUUCCUGUUAGCAAAAAUCUGCUUAGAAAAUUGUGCAGAAAUUAUGAGACUCUUAGAUGAUUUUGGUGUAAACAUCGAAGGAGUCAGGGAGAAGUUGGAUACUUUUCUGCUAGACAACUUUGUACCACUCAUGUCCAGGCCUGACUUCCUGUCUUACCUGAGCUUUGAGAAGCUCAUGUCUUACUUGGAUAAUGAUCAUCUGAGCAGAUUCCCAGAAAUAGAGCUGUACGAGGCUGUGCAGUCUUGGCUGCGGCAUGAUAGAAGACGCUGGAGACAUACCGAUACCAUCAUUCAGAACAUCAGAUUUUGUCUGAUGACCCCAUCCAGUGUUUUUGAAAAGGUUAAGACAUCAGAAUUUUACAGAUACUCUCGACAGCUGCGCUAUGAAGUUGACCAAGCAUUGAAUUACUUUCAGAACAUUCACCAGCAGCCUCUGUUGGAUAUGAAAUCAAGCCGCAUCCGCUCUGCCAAACCCCAAACUACAGUAUUCCGAGGCAUGAUUGGACAUAGCAUGGUUAACAGUAAAAUACUUCUCUUAAAGAAACCAAGAGUCUGGUGGGAACUAGAGGGCCCACAAGUACCUCUGCGUCCAGACUGCCUUGCUAUCGUCAACAACUUCGUGUUCUUGUUGGGUGGGGAAGAGCUGGGCCCAGAUGGCGAAUUCCAUGCUUCUUCCAAAGUGUUUAGAUAUGACCCAAGACAAAACUCUUGGCUCCGGAUGGCAGACAUGUCUGUGCCACGUUCAGAAUUCGCAGUUGGUGUUAUUGGGAAGUUUAUUUACGCUGUAGCAGGCAGAACCAGAGAUGAGACUUUCUAUUCAACUGAGAGAUACGACAUCACCAAUGAUAAAUGGGAAUUUGUGGAUCCUUAUCCAGUUAACAAAUACGGACAUGAGGGGACAGUGCUCAAUAACAAGUUGUUCAUCACUGGUGGAAUCACCUCAUCGUCCACGUCCAAGCAGGUAUGCGUGUUUGACCCCAGCAAAGAAGGGACCGUAGAGCAGCGCACCAGGAGAACGCAAGUGGUUACCAACUGUUGGGAGAACAAGAGCAAGAUGAACUACGCCAGAUGCUUUCACAAGAUGAUCUCCUACAACGGCAAGCUCUAUGUCUUCGGUGGUGUCUGUGUGAUCUUGAGAGCCUCUUUCGAGUCUCAGGGAUGCCCUUCCACAGAAGUGUACAACCCAGAGACUGAUCAGUGGACCAUCUUGGCAUCCAUGCCAAUUGGUAGAAGUGGCCAUGGUGUGACUGUGCUGGACAGACAAAUAAUGGUUCUUGGAGGCCUUUGCUACAACGGUCAUUACAGCGAUUCUAUUCUCACCUUUGAUCCGGAUGAAAACAAGUGGAAGGAAGAUGAGUACCCGCGGAUGCCCUGCAAGCUGGAUGGUUUACAAGUAUGCAACCUGCAUUUUCCAGAAUAUAUUCUGGAUGAGGUCAGACGUUGCAACUGAUGACAUCUUUCUCCCUUCAAAAAAGCCAAACAAAAUCCAUUUGUGACAAAGUAGUUAAUUAAAAAACAUAAGAAAAACCUCACCAGUUUUACUAUCAAAGCCAUUGGUCUAAUAUCGUAAAAAUGUUUUCAUUCUGUGCUAGCAUCCUUUUUUUUCUUUUUAGUGGCCUCAAACUCAUGCAAUAAGUCAGUUGUAAGCGCUAGCUCUUGAAACUACUUCCAGAAGCAGUUUAAUAGAACAAUUCACUUAUCUGGGAAGUUGAUGUUAUGCUUUAAACAUUUCUUUCAAAUGUCAGUGUAGGAAUCAUGCAUCUUCUAAGAGAAGACCUGAUAAGUGUCACUGGAUGUAAUUUCAGUUCCUAUCUCUAGCUGAAAUCUUUUUGAACAUUUAUUUCAGUGUAUUUCAGUCUGUUAGACUUUUUGAUUUUAUUAUUUAAGUUUAAAACUCUUGACCUUUUUGCAUGGCUUUUUGCUGAAAACGCAAAAGUAUAAAUUUUCUACAAGAUUAACUUUUUUAUAUUCAAAACACUAUUUCUAAGCUGCCUUCUCUUAUCUGCAUUGUGUUAGUGAAAGCAUAUCCAUACUUGCUUACAUCUUAUGAAUAUAUAAGGCACAUCCCCUUUUAUGCGUGGUUAGGAUUCUAUAUUUUUAAGCUAGUGCACUUGCACACACGGUUUGCCAUACGUGUUGUAUUUUAGAUGUAACGUCUUUUCAUGUAUUAACAUUUUUAGAAAGAUAAUAACUGGAGUCCUCGUUUCGUAUCAGAGAAGCCUAUCUUCAGUCCAUACUGAUUCAGUAAUCAAACUCCUUAUAUUCCUGAAACGUAUGGUUUUAUGAAAGCUAACAUUUUAUGUUUUACUUUCAAAAGUAAACAUUAGUGUUCCUUAUCGAUGUAUGUCUUCUUUUUGAAAAUGUUUUUCUUUGCAGUCUGUUUAAUGUUACCCUGUUUUUAGUGAAAAUUGGAGUGGUAUGUGACAAGGCCUGGCCCUGCAGCGUGCAAGCACUUUUAAAGAGAACUUAGGUAAUACCAGACUCCUAAAUAAAGGCCCCUUCAAAGUAAGUGCAACUCCCAUUCUUUGCAUUCAGUAAGGCUGCUGCAUCUGUUAUUGAACGGAAAGUAGCAACUUGUGGAAAAUUUGAGCUCAGUUUGACUUCGAGGUAAGGAAUAGAAUUAUAAUCUCAACUGGUCAUAUCUUCUUGUUUAUUUAGUACAAAAUAUUUAGCGGCGCUGGGGAUGUAAGCCCUCAGCUUUUGUUUUAUUUCCUGAAAGCUACUAGCAUGAAGGAUAGUAACCUCCAAGUUCAGAGUGGAUCAAGAAUAACUGUUCAGAAUCAUUCUUAAGUGUUUUAGGAUUCGCCGCACCUUUCAACUGUUUCAACUCAAAGGAAAAACAUAUAGUUGUCAAAAUUAAGCAAGAAUAACCAGGGAGUGGAUCAUUCAAAUUGAUGCCAUUUUAUCCUGAGUAGAGUCUAUAUCUGAUACUAGAUCUACGCUGGCAAAACUUGCCAGAUCUUAGAUGUUGGUGCAAUAUUGCAAUGCCUUCUAUACGGCUGUUGUAAAAAGUUUCGAGUUUUCACUUUUUUUUUCUUUCUUCUUUUUUUUUUUUUGCUGCUGCCACGACUGAACAUAAAAUGGAAAUGCGAAAUCAUGGUAAAAUGGAAAUGCGAAAUCAUGGAAAUGUGAAGACUUGUUUCAUUUUUGCGAUUAAAAUAGACAACUGAAAAAAACCUGAUUUUAAAACUCCACGGCUUGAGGCAUUUGAGUUUAAGAAACAGUCAGGUACAGAAGUAGUUUUGUUUUUUUUUUAAAGCAAAACAUUGGGAUUGGUUUUAGAAAUCAGGUUAAUAUUCUUCGUAUAUGAGACAUUUUUUAUUAAGUGGUCCUCAUGUUGUCUUUUGCUGAAAUAGACUGAGACAGGGUACCCCUAUCAGGCUUUUACACUCCCGUGGUGGUUCUCUUUAAUUGCUUAGAUAUGACUCCUGUCAUGGAGAAGGCAAUGGCACCCCACCCCAGUACUCUUGCCUGGAAAAUGCCAUGGAUGGAGGAGCCUGAUGGGCUACAGUCCAUGGGGUCUCAAAGAGUCAGACACGAGUAAGCAGUUUCACCUCACCUGUCAUUUUAGUUUCUAAAAAUCAAAUUUGAUAUCUUGUUUCCCAUGGUUAUAUGGGUAAAAGUCUUUUUAUACAUCUGAAAAAUCAUUUUUAAUCAUUUUACUUUUGAAAACUAGGAAUUGGGUGAGCCAUUUGGUUCUUUUUCUAAUGUAUUAGUUGGUAUAGUGUUUUAUAUGUGUGCUAUCUUGCUUUAAAGAAAAUAACAAUAAUGUCUUCAUUAUUUUCCUCAUUGUUGUCUUUUGCUGAAAAAGACUUGAGACAGGGUACCCCUAUCAGGCUUUUACACUCCCGUGGUGGUUCUCUUUAAUUGCUUAGAUAUGACUUCGUAGCCCUAGUUAAAGCCUACUCCAGUGUUCUUGCCUGGAGAAUGCCAAGGACGGGGGAGCCUGGUGGGCUGCCGUCUUUGGGGUCGCACAGAGUCAGACACGACUGAAGUGACUUAGCAGCAGCAGCAGCCCUAGUUAAAGUAAGAUGGAACAAACAAUUGAAUAUUCUUGGUCUUCAUUGUAAAAGCACAAGGCCAAGAUGAAAGUUCAUGUUUUGGAAAAUUUGUGAAAUCUUAACUUGAACUAAUUCUGGGUUCAGCUUCACACGUGAGUCACGUCUGACCUGAUGUUAGCUGUAAUCAGUUUUGAGCUUUAAGAAUAGUUGUUAUUGCUUGGGUUCUGAAUGUAUGAGAAAACUCUUCUGUUUAUUUGUAGUUCUGACUUAGGUUAUUUUAAAUCCAUGAUUAACGUACAUUCCCUUUUAAAAUUAUGGUUUAAUUGCUGAAAGAGAUUUAUUUUUGUUAUACUAGACUAUGGAAAAUUUUUUCAUAGAAUUUUUUUCAAGUUUAUUUUCUGUGUGCUUCAUUUGGAACCAUUUUUGUUUAUAUACAUUGUAUGUGCUCAAAAUAGUGUUUUUUUUUAAAUUCAGUAAGAGAUUUAAAACUACAGUGUAACACGUUGUGAUCUUUGUGUAUUAAUUUUCACUUUACAUUUUAAAUGCCAGACUUUACAAAAAUAGCUGAUCUUUAUUAAUUGCAUCUUAGUUAUAAACGUUUGUUCUCUUCCAUGUCUUUGACCUAAGUUUUUAGUCUGCUUAAAGAAAAUCCUUGCACUACAACCUUUUCAUAAAAUUCAAGAUUCUCACAUUGAAGGUUUUGUAUUGGAAGAAAUACUACUGGUUUUUAAAAAGCAAGGCUUAAUUAAUAGAAUUAUUAGCAUUUCUUGAGACAGCUUUCUGUGUCCUCAUUACUCUGUGUGAGUGUUACUAUAAUUUGUGAAAUAUUGACUGAGCCCUUCACUUAUCUUUUCUGAAGCAGCACCUUUGGACACCUCAUUCUGGGAAGCCUGCUCGAGUUAUAGUAAAGGACACACACAUUUGUGUGGGGAGAAGUGGUAAAAAAUGGAGAGUUGUGUCUUAAUUACAUGAAACUAAGCUUUAAAAUAUUUUAUAACAAAUUAUUUGAGCUGCAUAAUCUAAACAUGUCAAACGUUCAGUGGGACUAUUUUUAUAUAUGUAUAUGUGGUUGUAGGUCAUAACAUUUCAGUUUAUAAUAUAAAUUGUUAUUUCAGUUUAUAAGCUAUCUCUCAGAAAAGACUAGCUCUUUUGAGAAUACAUAAUUUAAAGUUUUAGAGUGAAGUAAAACACAACAUAGAUAAUAGUGUAAAUUAGUUAUAAAUGAGGGCUAUAUGGCAGUAAAACUGCUAGUGCCAUUUUUCCUCUUUGCCUAUUACACAUUUUUUAUUUUAUUUUUUUUGUACUCUGAACAUUUUUAGGGAUCAUACGUUCUAUCAGAUUAGAGUUGGUUUGGGAAUAAGUAUCUUCUAAAAAGAGAUUUAUCUUAAAAAUGAAAGUCCUGAAAAAUUAGUUUAUCAAGAGUUUAUAAAGUCAAAUAUUCCAUAGACAUAGACUGGAAUAGGUAAACUCACGACAGUCGUAUCCUUUCAGUAUACCAGUAUAACUUCAAUAUUACAUGAAUAACAUUGAGAGAAUGCCAUCAGCUUUGUUCCCCCUUAAUAUUGGAUUUUCGUUUUACAUCUUUGGGAACAACUACAUUAAGAACCUUAUUAAUCAGUGUAUCAGUAAGGAUUAGGUGUUUGCUUUCCGAAAGAAUGUUCCAGUGAGGUGAUCAGAGAGGUUAUUUUCUAUCUAACUUGUUUAUGCCCUAUACCUCUUGGGCAUACUUUGUCUAUAGAAGAAAUAUUUUGACCUUUAGGUACAUUUUGGGCCAGUAGUCAAGUAAUCCUAGGACUGAUUUAAAAAUCGUAGA